ACCCUUGGCGGAAUCUCAGCAGCAAAUUCAUCAAGCACAGAACUGUUACCUUCAUCGGCAACAUCAUCACCGUCACGAAGCUCCGAAACAUCAACUGUCGAUACUGUUGCUUCCACUGAUUUUCUUAGACGCUACCAAAAGAGUGACGGUGCAAUACCGAUACUAAGUGCAUUCAGUGCAAGAACAACCAGUAACCCAGAUCAGCUGCAACCUCCUGGUAUACCGGUCACUGCUUUUAGCCCACUGUUGACCCCUACAAUGAUGGCCGCACAAAUUGGCUUGCUUGGUACUCCAAAUACUCUUCUCUCAAUGAUGCAGGCAGCUACUGCGCAAAAUUCAUUAGUGCAUCAUAAUCGUUGCAAUGACAGAAAUGGCCAAAUAGUGCCAACAAUGUUGCAUCAGCUGUCCGCACUACACAGCAGUCAGCUGUAUGCUUACCCGGUUUUCUUGCACAUUAAUCAAAGAGAGAAGAGGAAGAAAUAUAUUUCUGCGCUAAAUACAACAAUUUACUAA